AUGGCGUCCACAUCAUCGACAGCUACACCAGCGAAGAUGAGCUUCCAGAGCCGGGUCAACGCGGUGAAGACUCCUAAGAGUGACAUCAAUGCGUUGAUUCUGGACUACCUCACCAUGGAGGGCUACCCUCAAGCCGCUGCAAACUUUUCCAAAGAGGCGAACUUACCACCGCAGCAGGACAAGUCAUUUGUCCACGCGAGGCAGCAGAUCCGGAGUGCCAUCCAUAAUGGCAAGAUCGAUGAGGCAAUCACCCUUCUCAACCACUUCAACCCAGAGAUUCUGGAUCAAGAUCCGCCCCUUCACUUUGCUUUGCUGCGUCUGCAGUUGGUCGAGCGCAUUCGUCAGGCGAAUAGCAGCGGCAACGACUUCGCGCCGGUCGUGAAGUUUGCCCAGGACCAGCUCGCGCCUCGUGCGUCCACGAAGAAGGAAUUCCUCGAGGACCUUGAGGAGACCAUGGUCAUGCUCUUCUUCACCCCAGACAAGAUGCCGGCGGCACAGCAGAGGCUGUUGUCGCCUGAUCUGCGUGAGGAGGUUGCCGACAAAGUCAACAAGGCCAUCCUAUUCCACCACAGCAAACGCCGUGAAGCCGCCAUCCGCCAAAUCGUCAGGAUGCGCGCUUGGGCUGAGAACGUGGCCCGUGAGAAAAAGCUGGAUGUGCCUGAUAUCAUUGAUCUUGGUCUCAACGCUACUGCGGACAACCGGUUCCACGACCACGAACACGAGGCUAUGAUCACCACGUAG